AUGGCCAACGUUACAACCAAGGAGAUGUGGGAAACCAUCAAGCAGUACUUCGGGGACGGCCACGUUCUCGGGUCUGCUCCACUGCGCUACAACAUGCACAUUUGCAAAAUGAAGCGUCCAUCCCCUAGUGCCAAUGCCACUGAUACUGGCAAGAAUGGUAGCACCAGAUACGGCGUAGAGAUCAGCGAGCACGCGAUGCCUUUGUAUUCCGUCUUGGGAGAUACAUGCCCUCCGCCUUGCACCUGUUUCGAUAUGGCCGCUGUAGUCAAGCGCAUCGAUGAGUAUCUCGAAACCGGGCCUGACAGUCACCCAGACGACUUCACUAUCACCAGCGGGAAGAACGACACCGACACGGAGGAGGUGAACCUGUACAUCAUGCGCGACGUCCUCAGUUGGUGGGUCCACUGGGGCGGCGCACUGCGGCCGGGGGACUACUGGAAGCAGAUAUACGUCGCCUUCGCCGCCAUCCCGGACGAUGUCCAGAUCCCUCCCAACGCCUUCUUGGAUGGCUCGUACCGGUAUCUGGGCCACACGUGGGACGACUGCAAGCAAGGGUUGCUGGGAGAGGGCAUGCCGCCGGCGGAGGUCGAGUUCGUCGAGAUGUGUCUCUGGCGGCAGAUGCUCACCCAGUACUUUGAGAAGGUGGACCCGGAGGUGUACCGGCUGCUGAAGGCCAAGACCACGCUCAUGACGCAGUACCGGGUGCACACGGGCAACACGCUCGGGUGUGCGGCGCUGAUCCUGGCGACUGAGGGCAGGGUUUCCGGAGGGGUGGAGGACAACGCGCUCGAGGCGGCGUCUAUAGCUCAGUGUCUGAGCAUGGACAUGGCCAAGGAGGCGCUGGGAAUCCUGCAGGGCGAGAAGACGGAGACGGUGGCGGGAGACAGGGUGCAGCUCAAGAGGGAGCUGCGCUGGGUGUACGUCCGGUGCAUGGAGUAUCUGGAGACGCAGCCCAACGCGCACUUGCUGAGGCGCUUUGCUUCCUCGGGGCUCCAUUAUGUUCCCAUGAUGGACCGGUAUCUCGAGCGUGUGCGUGGCAACGUCCGGUUUCCCAUCACGGGGGCUAAGGCGCGCAUACUCGAGCCGUUCAUCAACCGAGCCUACGUCCGUGAGGGGCUGAAUCCGGAUGGGCUACUUUUUAACAAGAUGGAUGGGAUUGGGGUGAACAAGUUGGACGGAGUCAAGGCGUUUAACAAGGUGAACGGCAUGAAUGGAAGCAUCCCUCAAGCAGUUUGA